GCCCCCCCGCUCGACGCGUGGAAGAAAGUGUAGCGCGCCGUCCGCGGCCAGUGGCCGCCGCCGACCGUCGCCUUCCUAAUCUGCCCUCGCGAUUUCCCGUCCGCUCUCGAGCGAACCCUCGCUGUAGUAUUUUUCACGGGGGGGUCGUCGAUCCUUUCGUCAACAUGCGGCCGAGAAACGCGGAGGCGCACACCAAGCUGGUGCACGUGCUAGAUCGUAUUUAUGAAACGCCGGAGCGAGUGUACUACAGGCCCGGGCAUAGUCGGCACGAGCAUCGCUCGAGAAAGCAGCAGCAGCAGUCGGCCAGCAACGGUCAGCGUAGCGGCGGCGGCGGCGAGGCCGGAGGUGCGGUCGCGGCGGCCUCCAAGGCUGCCACCGAGUCUGCGGCCAUGAAGGCGCUCUUCUACCUGCUGCUUUUCCUGGCCGAGGUGCUGCUGUUCGGCACCAUCACGCUGCUCAUCUACUGGAUCUUCAACUACCAGGGCGGCGUCGCAUGGGCCAACGACGUCAAGAGGCAGUUCAACCUCCACUAUAUCCUCAUGACCGGGGGUUUCAUCUUCCUCAACGGACACGCGAUGCUGGUGUACCGCAGCUUCACGUGCUGCAAAAAGAUCUACAACAAGCUUCUGCACACCAUCUUCUUCGUGCUGUCCAUAUCGGCCAUCACCAUCGGCAUAGUGUCCGCCUUCAUGGCGCACAACAGCAAUGCUAACCCGAAGCACUUCUACAGUUUGCACUCGUGGAUCGGCCUCGGAACUAUGGGACUCUUCGCUUUGCAGUUCAUCGUAGGGUUCGUGUCGUUCCUGGUGCUUCUGUGCUGCGACAAGGCCACCGUCACCUACCGGCAACGCCUGGUGCCGAUCCACACCAACUUCGGCCUGAUCAUCUUCAGCAUCGCGGCGGCCGCCUGCGUCACGGGCCUCAUGCAGACUGCCAAGGGCCGAUUCAACGGCGUGAAUGGAGCACCGAACUAUCCGGACCUUCCUGAAGAGGGAAUCUUCGUAAACACCAUUGCCAUUGCCAUUAUUGCGCUGACAAUCCUUCUCCCACUGCUGGUCAGAAACAACCUCCGUGGUGGACAGGCUGUGUUCUCCGUCAACUAGUGUGGCAGAGCUAUUUCCCCGCUACACGGCACCCCACGGUGCCGCAACAAAAAGGUGUUUAGCGACUCUGCUGGAAAAUGAUCUUUUUACGAGACUUCCGAGGGGUGUAACAACUGCGCGGACAAGUCGGCCGUACAGCAAAGGCAGUCUGCCCCAUGUCUUGAGUGCACAAGACAGACGUAAUAGUCCUGGCCACCCUCCCCAGGUAGAGCAUGACGUCUGGUGCAAGAAAGAUCAGUUUUUAGCGCUAUUGUCGCAGGUACGACAGAACAAUUCCUUUUUAUUUCUAUGUGUGGGGUCAGGGGUGGGAAGAAAUAGUUGCGCAGCUGUACUUUUACUGUGCAUGUUUUGCUUGAAACAGAUUUUGAUGUUUUCUGUUUGGUAUUUGUCAAAUGUGGUCAUGGUUUGUUCAGGCAGUUUUUUGUUUUGGUUUUUUAUUCGACAUACUCAACAAUCGGGGAGGGUGGGUACUUGUCACUCGAUGUGUUUUUUGUUUGCCGGCAAGUCUUCACUUUGAUACUAUGAAUCGAAAUUUAAGCCAAGCUGGGUUUUUGUACCUUGUGGCAAAAGGGGAGUUUACAGCUUGAGAGGUUCCGCAUGAAACUGCCACCAGGAAAAAUAUUUUCCUGACUGACAUGCCGAGUGCUAUAAUGAACAGUGUUGUCGCAUUUUUUUACUCAUUUCACAUGUGUAAACACACCCUCAUAAUGCUCAUCUUCAGUAAUGUUUCAAAACUUCAAGGCCUGUGUUUCAGUGGCGUCGCAAUAUGAUGGUAAAGUGCAUUUCGUAGGUGCACUUUUGAGCCGAGAAAUGGCCAUCGUUGACGGCAGUAAUGUCCACUGUAGUUUCAGCUUCAUUGUAGCAAGCUUUGGGACUACUACUAUUUAAAACUUAAAGCGGGUGGCCCCGCAAUACAAGACCAUCCUUUGCGAAACUGUCAUGACAAGAAGUCCUGUUUCAUUGUCACGCUGUAGCAGUAUUUGUUUCUGAUAUUCUGAAACCACACAAACUGCACUUGCUGAAACCUAUAACAUUUCCUGGCCUAGAGAAUCUUUGCUUACUGCAAGGCUAUUCUCCUGGGCAGCUAUUCGUCUGAACCAAGAGAAACUUGAAUAAACAGACUUUUAAUACAGAGCAGUUUUACUUAAGGAAACAUGAAAAUCUCGGCAUGUCAAGAAUGUGUAUGGUUUUUAGUGCCUUCACAAAAUGAUUGUUGUAGUAUGCACUGCACACAUUGCUUGGAUGCUGUUGUACAGACCCAGCCACACAUACGAGAAUGUGCAUAUGGUGCAGAGAGGUCUUUUACUUGUGACUGCUGGGCUUCAUAACGGUUUCUGUGAUGCAAUGGCUGAAAUACUGUGCAUAUAGGAGUAUUCACUUAGAGGCUGUUUCAAGCCCCCUGUCACUUGUAAGCAAGGUGGCUGCAAUCCAGAUUGCAUUCUAGACAACCGUGGCUGGGUCUGUACACUAUUUUAAGUUGCUUUAGCCUUGUGGUUCAUUUUUUUGUACAUACAUCUUGAAAGUCCUGUUUUUGUAAGCUAAUAAAACAAUUGCAUGAAAUUUUGUGUAUAUACAUACUAUACCUGGCGAGACACAUAGCAUGCUCUUGUAACUUGAUGGCGAAGUAUAUAAUAUUAAAAUUCUACCUUCUUGCCAA